CUUAAGGCAACAAAAAAUAAUACACAAGUCGCUUCGAUUCUCUCUUAGCUAGUGAUCAUCAUCUCUUUGCAACAUGGAGGAGUUCUUGACGGUUGGGCUGUGGGGAGGUGAAGGCGGAGACCGGUGGAGCUUCGUGGUAAUUAAUGGUGGGAUCAUUGGGAUGGAAAUCGUUCAUGCAAAUGGCAUCGAAUCAAUUACAUUCAAAUGUGGAGAUGAGUAUGGUGUACUCCAGCAUUCUAGGAAGUAUGGUGGUACUGGUGGCGUCUGGCGAACUGACAAGAUAUCGCUCAACUGGCCUGAAGAGUACCUGACAUCCAUUAGCGGUACAGUUGCUGACUUGUGACAGCAUACUAUAAUUCGUUCUCUAAGUUUUAAAACAAAUAAGGGUACUGAGUACGGACCCUAUGGAACUGUGACCGGUCAACCAUUUUCCUACAGUACGGAGGGUGGCGCAAUUGUUGGAUUCCAUGGCCGUUCGGGUACUUUACUUGAUGCCAUUGGUCCCUAUGUGAACAUACCGCGGAAAAAGCAGGACAAUACUUUGAAAAUGGCUUUACCUGUUCCUCGAGUACCUGGGCCGUGGGGUGGGCAUGGCGGGAUGGAAUGGGAUGAUGGAGUUUUUCCGGAAAUACUUGAAUUGCAUUUGUUCGUUGGGGAUUCAGUGAUUCAUGCAAUUCGUGUGUUGUAUCAAAGCAGAGACGGGGAGCCUGUUUGGUCACCGAAGCAUGGUGGAGAAGGCGGUGAUCCAAGUGAUCCGAUAAAACUGAAAGUAUCAAAUGAAUUCUUGAUUCGCAUUGCGGGAUUUUAUGGGCCUGUUGAAGGGAACGGUAACUUCAAAGCUUUGCGGUCCAUUACAUUCUACACAAACAAAGCCAAAUAUGGACCCUAUGGUGAUGAGAUUGGUCAAGCUUUCACAUCAAGUGUUGCCCCAGGAAGGGUUGUUGGUUUCCAUGGAAGAAGUAAUGCCUAUUUAGAUGCCGUAGGAGUGCAUAUGGAAUACUUCUGAAUAUGUUACGUACUAGAGAAUGAGCAGCAAUAUUCAUAAAUAAUCUACCAGUUGAAAAUGUUUCUUUUUAAUUGGUUUUGAAGGGAAUAAUUGAAUGGGGAAAACUCAUCUACUUAAAUAAAGUGAGACACAUUUCCCGUUCUUUAAAUUGGAGGAUAAUAGCCGGAUUAUUGUAUGUGUUAUUUGAACAUUAUUGUGGUGUUGUUGUCAUUGUUUUGGUGUUGUCCUGUUUGGUUGAGUUGAGUGUCUCAUCUAUUUGUAAAUUUCUUUUGAAUGAAAUAAAGCUGCUCAUCCGUCUAUUUACUCGUAUAA